GGUAUUUCUGCGGAAGGUAAACAAAUGGACGCUGCAGCGCUUUGCGGUAAAAACAUGAACAAUGUGAGCGGACGGCGCGUAUUACAGCGAGUAAAAUGCCCGGGCAGAAGAGAAGAUACAGUGUUCGCUUCCCUCCGAGUCGCAUCAAAAAGAUCAUGCAGAAGGACAGAGAGGUGGGGAGGAUUGCGAUUGCGGUUCCUGUGAUCAUCUCUCGAGCCUUAGAGAUGUUCCUGAAGUCUCUAUUGACCAAAACCUGUGCGAUAACCCAGUCCAAGCUCAGCACUGUUAUGUCUUUGGCUCACAUGCAGCAGUGCAUUGAGUCGGAGAAGCUCUUCCACUUCUUGAAAGAACUGGUGGAACGAGCUAUGUCUGCUCCUGCAGGCCAGAAGGACAGCAGAGGCCUGAGUAUGUGGCCAUUGUACAGAACCAAACGACCAAAUGACCUUUCUGCCAAGAAACCGACUGAUGUGGGAGAAAUGGCGCCGCGAAGGAGCCUAGACUCGCUCGACAGGGACUCCAGCUCCAGCGAAUCUGAGCUCUAUAUCUGCUUAUGACUGAGCAUGCAACUGGGGGAAACAGCCUUAAGCUCAGCCACUGCAUCCUUUAUUUAAGCUUCACUGCUAAGAAGGGACCGGAGAAGGUGGAAGCUGCUCAGCUGCGCCCCGCAUCAUCCCUCCACCUGCUGGAAGACAGCUCGACUUUGGUGAAUGAGGUUUUGUUCUUGAGAAUAAAAAGCUUUUUGUUAUGAGGGCCUUACGUUCUGAUUUGAAGCAGAUGUGUUGUAGGAGGUGGUGAAUUUCUGUUGAUCCAGUAACCUUUGAAGCUUUCAUUUGUAGCCAGCAUGACUCUGCCAAUUGUUUUUUGCAUGUUCUUUGUGGGCAUUAAUUUUCAGAUUAUUUCAGAUAUUGGCAUCCAAUAUUGUUUUCCUGUACUGCUGUUUGAUUGGUAGCGUGUGCCAUUCAUCUUUUUUGAAGAUAUUUUCCUGUAAGACCUGAAAAAAAUGUGACCUGCAGCAAUCUUUUUUCUUUUGUGCUUUUUUCCCCACGUAAAAGCAACCUUUGUUUCCUGUUUUGAGCAUUCUGUUUCUAAGCACUUGUGUAAAUCAAUAUUUUAAAGGCAGAAAACAUUUACAUAUGAAAUGUGAAAACAAGUUAAACCAGUAAUUGACAGAUGUAAUGUGACAAUUGUUUUCACAAAAAUAAAAACAAAUCAAGAGCAUA